AUGGAGCAGGCCAUGAGAUUAGGCCCUACUAUAUAUCCUAUCCUCUUCGCGGCCUUGCUAUCGCGCUCUCUGAAAAGCAUUGGCCGAUUUUGCGCUCAAAGAUCUGUCCGCAUGUCGACAUUAUGGGCUCUCAUGAAUACCAACGCUACAGCGGACCCCAUCCUUCAUCUCGUCAGCAUGCCUGCCUCAAUCCUUGUAUGGGGUCUGUUAGUCUUAUGGGUCAUGUCACCUCUCGGAGGUCAAAGCGCUAUUCGACUAAUGUAUAAAACCAACAUAACUGAGACUACCCACACUGAACUUCGUUAUUUGGACAACGGCCCUUUGGGAAAUAUGUUCGUCUACCAGGGCAUCACUGUUUACAACGAUGGCAGCUGGCCUCGAACCAUGCGCGAUAUUUACCUCGCUAGUUUGAUGCAGAGCAUUGCGAUCAAAACUGGUCCGGUUGACCAGUGGGGAAAUGUGAAAAUACCUCGCCUUGAAACUGGAAAUGCCUCACAAGUUGAUUUGAAUGGCUGGAUGCCGGUUCAAGAGGCGCCUGAGGUGGAGGCGUUCACGUCCCUGUUCGGGAUGCCCAUUGUGGGCUUGACGGAGCUCAAAAAGAAAGGCGACGUCAACUUCACUGUUGAGACGACAUAUGUCGAGUUAUCGACAGCCUCUAUGCACCAGAGAUCCAAUUUUCACGACCAGCUCACUGGGAUGACAGUAGAUUGUACCGACUGCUAUGAGACCACAUCCCAGAAUGGAUUUCUGAUUCGUUCCCAGAGGUUCCUUGGGCUUCCUCUUUUAGAGAAAGAAGGGGUCGAUCCGAAUACACCGAAUUACACCCAGCCACGUACCCUAAGAUUUAACUCUAGUAUCGGCGAUGGAACCACGGUGGCAACGAGUCAAGUAACCCAGAAAAUGGUGGAAGUUUCGAUCGAAUGCGUGAAUGGGAGUUGUGCUGCUACCAAGAUACGCUCUUCAACCACAGAUCGCCGCCCUAAGGACUACACCAUCUUCGACUAUUGGGGAUCCAUUCUCCUGGAAUUAAUGACUGACGCCAAUUCCGAAGAGUUAGCAAGAGAGGUAAAUUGGGGCUCGACCUCCUCGCUCCUAUUCUUCAACGACUCCCGCGCCUUUCCCAUGCAAUCCGGCCUGAAUGGUGCCCCUCGGGAGGUGAAUAUCUCUCAAAUAGACCCCGAUCUCCUCGCAAUUAGGGCUUCUAUCCUCUUAAACACCGGCAUGCAGGCCAUAAUGGCCCCAACCGCCUUCGCAGGCGACCUACCAACCAAUCUAAGCGUAUACGGGCCUCCCCAUAUACCUGCCCAGGGGCUUUUGGCUGUCACCAACGAAUCCGAGUACACGUCUCAUAAUCGGUCAGCGUGGAACCCACCAGCGAAGCUUUGGCAAUUGGUCAACGACUUGGCCCCGUUCGUUGGCGCUUCAUCUAAUGCCACCUUGACGACUUACACGGAGGUCUGGCGCCCUGAGUACACCUGGGUAGUCAUCCUCAUUGUAUCCACUGUCAUUCUCGUUGCAGUGGGAGUCGCAGGGGUCUGCGUUCGGAUGAAGACGAUGGCGCCGAAUAUGUUUGAUCCGGUCGCUGGCCUGACGUAUAAUAACCCCUACUUAUCCCUAACGGGGCGAGAAUACGAUCCGCUCGACGCGGACGAGCGGGCCAAUCUACUCGGUGAGAAAAGGGUCCAGAUUGGUGAGGUCGAUGAUUAUAAGGGGGUUAAAGCUGUCUUUGGUGAGGCGGGCUAUGUUACGCCUUUGCGGUUGGGGAUUCCGUACCAUUGA